UAGUGUUGCCUGAGAGCGUCGGACAGACUGGACUGCAUGCAAUCCCACUUAAGUUGAGAUACUCAGAGGAAAGAAGGGAGACUCGCAGAAAAGAAGAAGGAAAGAAGAAGGACAUUUAGAAACUCGCACUCUGUGUAAAUGACGGAUAUAAUAUUGUACUACAAAGGAGGCUGCGGCGCUGUAGUGCAGUUCGUACAAUAUGAUAUUCACAGUCGUGCCUUUAACCGAGAUCGUGCGACGAGAAGGACGUCCUCCAGGCAGCAGGAGUGAGGAGAAUCAGAAAGUUGAUCGCUUUUGCGAAGUGGGCGGUGACACCGGACGGACCUGCGACGGCAGCACCAGUCCGCAGUCGGAGUCGCUCGCAGUCAGACCGCCCAUGAUGAUGAAGGAAGCGGCUUUAAACGGACGGACCGCGGCUCUGGGAGCCAGUCGGCCGCUCGGGAGCCAUUGACGUGCGUGCGGCCCGGGCCGACAGCUCUCGGGUCUCUUAUUUGCGGCGGCAGGACAGGAGCGGCUCGAUCGGACAGGUAGACAGACGCGUGAAACGCGCACCUUGAUGCUGCGCUCGAGGACGCGCGCGCGACCCGCGACAUGGUUCUCGCUGCCGGAGGAGGAUGGAACCGGACGACGUGUCUGUCAGAGAGCAGAUCUUCCACGAACGGGUUCGAGAGACUAUAAUCUUCGCCCUGUUCUUUUUUUCUCUCUACAUUUUCUCCUACCUUGUCAUCACUCACUACAGAAAAAAUGCGGAGUUUGUCACAGAUGACAAUGAAGACGCCAUUGUGAACAGAAUUGCGCUUUGGCUGUGCACCUUCUCUCUCUCCGUGUCCAUUGGCGCCAUUCUCCUGCUACCCCUUUCCAUCCUGUCCAACGAGGUCCUGCUCUCCUUCCCUGAUAGCUACUACAUGCAAUGGCUCAAUGGAUCCUUGGUCCACGGUCUGUGGAACCUCGUUUUCCUCUUCUCCAACCUCUCCUUGGUGUUCCUGCUCCCUUUUGCCUACUUAUUCACUGAGUCUGAAGGUUUUGUUGGCUCCAAAAAGGGUGUAAUGGCUCGUGUCUAUGAAACUGCUGUGGUGCUCCUGCUACUCAGCCUGUUGGUGCUGGGUAUGGUGUGGGUCGCUUCUGCUCUGGUCCACCACAGCACUGCACAAGAAAGCCUCAACGACUUGUGGGAGUAUUAUGUGCCGUACCUGUACUCCUGCAUUUCUCUGUUUGGAAUGCUUCUGCUGCUAUUAUGCACACCCUUUGGACAGUCGCGCAUGUUUAGUGUCACUGGAAACGUGUUGGUGAAGCCUCGGCUGCUGGAAAAUGUUGAGGACACUAUGAAUUGUGCAAUUUUUGAGGAAGCCUCUCUCUCCAGGAAACUAACCAGUGGAACAUCUUGCUGGGUGGAUCUGAAUUUGGAUGUUCUGAAAAAGCAGUUUCUCUCAAUACAAGCCAGACGAAUGUCUCUGGACAUGAGGAGGAAGGCAUCGCCAUGGCAGCGUAAUGUGGGCUACCCACUGGUCAUGCUUCUGUUGCUGGCUCUUACAGUAGUGUGUAUGCUGACAGUGAGUUUCCACGUAUUGGAGCUGCUCUUCGAUGAAACUGCCAUGCCCCGUGGAAUGGAGAAUCCCCUCCUUGGAGCUGCAUCAUUCUCAAUGUUUGGCUCCUUUGGAGCAACUGUGCAGGUUGUCCUCAUUCUGUACCUGAUGGUGUCAUCAGUGGUGGGCUUUUACAGCUCUCCCCUUUUCACCAGCUUGCUACCUCGUGCCCAGGACACCAACCUAACUGAGAUCAUUGGCAACUGUGUCUGCCUGCUGGUCCUCAGCUCAGCACUGCCAGUCUUUUCCCGAAUUCUGGGAAUCACACGUUUUGACUUGCUGGGGGACUUUGGGCGGUACAACUGGCUGGGAAACUUCUACAUCGUCUUCUUGUAUAACAUGCUGUUUGCCGGGCUGACCUCAGCCUGUCUCAUCAAGACGGUCACUUGGGCCGUGCAAAGGGAACUUAUCUGUGCCUUUGGCCUACAUAAACUGCCUCUGGCUCGGACAGCAGUCCCCUUCAAGCUAAUUUUGGCCAGUGGUCUUUCAAAGGUUCAGUGACUUCUUGCUAGCCUUUGCGCCAGUGCUUACUUUCAAGCUUUCAGUUUGCCGGACUACAUUUUUGUUAUGGCAAGUUCCAUUUGAACCCGAGACAUGUUGCUCUAGCUGUCCAAAGAUGAUUAUGUCACAAGUAUUUUUGCAACUCAUCAAACAGUAAAGCAGAAGUGACGUCUUGUUUGCUCAGUGGAUUAGUCUGAACGGACAUUUUUCACAAAAAUGUACUGUAUGCAUAACAUCUAGAUUACAACAGUUGUACUAGCUUUCUUUGUUGCUUCGAUUUUUUUUAAUUUUUUUUUUAACAAGUACGAUUCUUUUAGCAAAAGAAAAAUUAAGAGUGUAGCAAAACGAGAAGAAAAAGUUAUAGGGUCUGGACUUAUUGUCUCAUGUGUGUUCUGAGAAAAACAUGGUGGUCUUGGUUAAUAUUUAAUGGUCCAUGAAGGGGAACUAGGACAAAAGUUCCGUUUCUGAUAUUUCCUCUUCCUAUCAUUAAGCGGACUUUAUCCUUGCCUUGGCCUAAGGCACUGUGGUGGCUAUGAAUCCAUGGCCUUGCCUAACCCUUUGUAAACCCUGAUGUUUUAAUAUUGUGAAUGUGAUUUCCUUUUUCCUAAGUUAAUGCUGUGGAAACCUAAGUGUUAUUGACAGCAAAUGUAGCCUAUUUAUUCAAGUAUGUUGAAAGAUGUUCCUGUUCCUGUUCUUGUUUUUUUUGCGUUGUUGGGGCAUGGAGAUCAAAUUCAUUGGAGUUAGAGGAUUUCUAAGUGCUGAUAUAGUAAACUGUUGAGAUCUAAUGAAGUAGAAUAGGAUGUUCUGCUCUACAGAGAAUAUUUGUAGAUAUACGUAGAUACAGGAAAAAAUUAUGGAAGUGUUAUAUGGCUUGCCGGCAGUCUGAAACAAUGUACAACUCAUGGUUGUAAUGCUCAUCUGUAGGCAGCAAGCCAGGCUUUGAUGGGUACACUGACCAUUCUUUUUUAUUUCACUGUGCAUGUUCUGGAAAAUUGAGAAAUUAAAGACAAAUCUUGAGAAAUCAUUUUCCAUUUCACAAGCUGUGUGUAUUUAUAUGUGAUUUCCAGCUUUGUAAAAAUGUGUAGCCAUUAGUACUGUAUUCAGUAAAA